CGCUGAUAAGCUCCAGCUGUGUUAUUUGCCGUUCACAGCCCCACCGUACUUGAAGUGAACCUUCCACUGGCGUCGAGUCUAAUCGAGUUUCCCUGACAAAAAUGGCUGAGAGCAAGGGACCAGAAAAGCUUUACAAAGAGCCAGCAGUCCGUGUACCAACCCUCUCGCGUCUUUCUGCGAUUGCAAAAAGCCUGGGCCUCGAAAUGGAAGACAGUGAGCUAAUGGCUUAUCGAGGGGCAAUUUCCGAUAUUCUGGCUGACACGUAUCAGCGGUUGUACGAGUUACCAGACCCCAAGCUACCAGUGAAAUAUCCACGGAUCCCAGGUUACAGACCAUCACCAGAAGACAAUCCUUACAAUGCUUGGUACUGGCGAUGUGACAUUAAAGGAGCAUCAAGUGGUAAACUUCACGGCAAAACUGUGGCUGUCAAGGACAACACAUGUGUGGCAGGGGUACCCAUGAUGAAUGGCUCCCUCAUCCUGGAAGGAUUUGUCCCGGAUGUGGAUGCUACUGUAGUGACCCGGAUAUUGGAUGCCGGUGGACACAUAGUGGGGAAAAGUUGUGUUGAAAAUUUGUGUUGUAGCGGAGGCAGUUUUACUGCUGCCACUGGUCCGGUGGUUAAUCCUCACAAUAAGACGAGAAUGAGUGGAGGGUCGUCUUCAGGAUCUGCAGCUUUGGUGGCUGGAGGGCAAGUUGAUAUGGCAACCGGUGGAGACCAAGGAGGGUCAAUAAGGAUCCCCGCUGCCUGUUGCGGUAUUGUGGGACUGAAACCAACAUACGGGUUAGUUCCAUAUACGGGCAUCAUGCCGAUAGAAUUCACUUUGGAUCAUACGGGACCUAUGGCCAGGACUGUGUAUGAUACAGCUCUGAUGUUGGAGGUCAUGGCAGGGUAUGACGGGGGACUGGACCCUAGGCAGCCACGGGAUCUCAAAGUGCCAGAGUAUACUUCGUUGCUCACAGGAAAAAUAGACAACUUGAAGAUUGGAAUCUUGAAAGAAGGCUUUGGAUUGAAGAAUUCCGAAGCGGAUGUGGAUAAGAUGGUUAGAGAGGCCGCUGAACAGCUCGGCACUGCAGGCGGUGCAGUUGUCGAAGAAGUGUCUGUCCCGAUGCAUUCUGACGGUACGCAAAUAUUUGGUCCCAUCCUGCAAAUCGGAGGCGAUCGAAUGAUGUUUGAAGGAGCCGGUUUUGGAACUUCAGCAGAGAUGUAUUACGACACUACUCUACAGGAAGCCUUCUCUCGAGGCCUAAAAUGCCACUCAAAUGACCUGUCAAAAAGCUGCAAACUUGUUCGGCUGAUCGCCAAGUAUUUGCACGAGGAUUACAACAGUGUAUUCUAUGGAAAAGCGCAGAACCUAGGUCGAGAGCUUUGUAAAGCGUACGAUGCAGCACUUGAAAAAUACGAUGUGUUGAUUCUACCGACCAUCCCCAAGAAGGCACCAGUUUUCCCGCAGGAAAAUCCUCCCAUGGAAGAAUAUCUGGAGAGGGCAUUUGAAAGUAUUCCAAACACAUCACCAAUAAAUGUCACAGGACACCCAGCCCUGUCAAUCAACGCCGGUUUCAGUGAUGGCUUACCAGUCGGUAUGAUGAUCGUGGGAAGAAAGUUCGACGAGGUCACUGUUCUAAAUGUCGCCUUUGCUUACGAGAAGAUUAGAGAUACCAAAAUAUAACAUUAUGAGAUGUCUAUUAAUGAGCCCAGGACUACAAGGAGUUGUUUCACUCUUAAAAAAUAACGUUUCGAGCGUUAGCCCUUCUUCCAUCGCUCUGACGCUCUAACUAUUGAUAACCGACAAGCGAAAAUCUUAAUAAGCGAUCAACUAGUAAUUUAUGGAGUGACGCAACAUCUAAAAAGUUAUUCACCUCUACUUACUUAACAAUUUCAUUUCUAAAUUAUGGUAAAACGACUAAAUUAAGCCAGAUAUUCAUGUGCUGAUUGAACGAAUUUGUUUCCGGUUUUUUCGUCUCAUUAGCAAAUAAAUGAGUCUAAAGAAUUUAAACAAAA